AUGGCACCAGCACUAGUCGCACCUGAGGAGCCUCCUCACGUAAAAGAAGUACUCAAGAACGGCAUUGACCUCGAGACAAAUGGCAUAAAGCCAGUGCAGAAGAGACAAAAGCUAUACAUUCUCCCCGAGUUCCACCCCGAAGCCGUCAAACAUACACAGGAAUUGUUCGACUGUGUCUUGCACACCGACCCGGAGGCAGCAAAUUGGCGAAAGAGCGCCACCACAAUCUUGAUCAAGGACUACUACAUCACCGACGGCGAUUUGGCCGCAGCGCCACAACUUCGAGUCAUCGGAAAGCAUGGAGUUGGCCUGGACAAGGUCGACGUCGAAGCCUGUCGGACUCGUGGAGAGAAAGUGUGCAACACACCAGGAGUCAAUGCCGGUGCGGUGGCCGAGAUGACGCUUGCCCUUGCUAUGAGUGUUGCCCGCUCGAUCCCGUCGAUCUGUUACCGGCAAAUUGCGAACGGCGAAGUCAUCAGGAAAGAGACAGUGCAGGGUGUGUUGCUGGGUGGCAAGACAAUAGGGAUUGUGGGAAUGGGAAACAUCGGCGAAGUGGUAGGGAAUAUGUUCUGGGGUGCGUUCGGUAGUCCCAUUAUUGCGUACGAUCCGUACUAUGGAACCACACGUCCCUGGACGUACAUUCCACACAGACGUGUACACAGCCUGGAUGACCUGUUGGAGGUGUCUGAUGUUGUCAAUGUGCAUGUGCCUCUGACGCCGGGCACAACGAACCUCAUAUCCCUGAAGGAGAUGCGCAAGAUGAAACGAACUGCCAUUCUGCUCAACACCGCGAGAGGAGGCAUUGUCGAUGAGGACGAUCUCAUCCAGGCCCUGGACGAGAACCUCAUCUACGGCGCCGGCUUUGACUCCCACGUCCAAGAGCCACCGACCAAGACGAAGUACGAGUGUCUGUGGAAUCAUGACCGCUUCGUCGGAACACCUCAUAUUGCCGCUGCGACAGAUGAAACUCAGGUUGCCACCACGAACGCAGCCACUGAUGGAGUUCUGCAUUCUCUCAGCGCUAGUGAUAGUUGA